AGAGUUAUGGUUUAUGGCGGCAAUGGUCGCUUCCUCUGCCUUCCUUGUCCAUUCACAUUCCCCAUAUUAGAGACUGAGCUUACAGUUGACUGUUGUCUCUCUCUUUUUUCUCUGUUCUUUGAUGUCCCUUCUACACUCUCAAGCCCAUCAAUUUGUACCUGUUGGAGCAUGAAUUCCCUUCAAGAUUAAGUUUUUGCAUCUGGGUUCAUCAUUGGGGUUUGAUCUCUGUGCACACCACUCAAUUUUGGAACUCAAUCAUCCAAAGUUUUUCUCUGGGGCAUACAAAUUUACCAUUGCAAGUGCCAUAGCCAUACUUGGUUCUUUGGGAUCUUAUGGGAAAAACAGUUCAUAUUAGUGGAUUUCCUGCAGGCGUCACGGCAGAUGCCGUUAGGAGUUAUUUGGAGGGUCGUACGGGUGUUGGAACUGUCUAUGCUCUUAAGAUUAGAGAACCCAAAAAGGGGGGAAGUAGAUUAUAUGCUUUUGUUCAAUUCACUGGCUCUAGAGAAGCUGAGUUGAUCAUUUCAUUGGCUAAUCAACGGAUUCAACGCCUGUGGUAUGGAACUUCGUAUCUCAAGGCUCGAGAAGCGGAUGUUGAUAUUAUACCGAAGCCUAGGACGUACAUGCAUACCUUGGAAGAUUUGACAUUGUGCUUUGGUUGUCAGGUCUCAAGUGAAAAGUUUUGUGUCCUGUGGGAAGGAAGGGAUGUUUUGGUGACUUUUGGAUUUGGAAUGCGAAAAAUGAACUUUCGUUUGUCUCAUAACUUUGUAGAGUACAGGUUCGAGCUUUCGUACGAGAACAUUUGGCGGAUAGAACUCCAUCAUUCGCGGCAUCAGUCCAUGAAGUAUCUUGUGAUCCAGUUAUAUGGAGCUCCUUGGAUAUAUAAAAAAGUUGAAUCUUCUAGUGGGAGUAGACAGGUUUUUGACGAUCCUCUUUUGAACUACUUCAAAGAAGUACCUGAUGAUCAAUGGGUUAGAAGUACUGAUUUUACUCCAUCAUCCUGUAUAGGACAAUCUUCUUCGUUAUGUUUGAAGCUACAUAACUGUCGUGAACUUCCAAAUUUUGGACAGAAUUUUGCUUAUUACAAAGAAACUGAAGAUGAAUUUCGGUUGGUUGAUGGAGGCAACGGUUUUUCGUGCUCUGCAGAUCUUGUUCCCAUGGUUGAUUCUCGUCCUGAUAUUUUUCUGCCAUAUAAGAUUAUCUUUAAAAUAAACGCAUUGGUUCAACAUGGUUGCAUUUCAGGGCCAGCACUUGAUACUAGUUUCUAUCAUUUGGUCGAUCCGCGUAGAAUAAAGAUUGAAUUUGUAGAACAUGCCUUGGAUAGACUAUUCCAUUUAAAGGAAUGCGAGUAUAAGCCAUAUAGUUGGCUUACUGAGCAGUACAAGAAGUAUUUAAGGCGUCCUCCAAAUUCUCCUGCCAUAUCUUUGGAUGCUGGAUUGGUAUAUGUUCGCAGGGUCCAAAUAACACCUUGUAAGGUGUACUUUUGUGGUCCUGAAGUCAAUGUCUCGAAUCGGGUGUUGCGCCACUUUUCUCGAGAUAUCGAUAAUUUUCUUCGGGUAUCUUUUGUCGAUGAGGAGUGGGAUAAAAUGCGUUCGAUAGAUUUGUUGCCACGAACAUCUUCUACGAUUAAGGAUCGUAAAACUGAAAUCUACAAGAGAAUUCUCUCUGUUCUUAAAAAUGGCAUAGUCAUUGGUGGUAAAAUGUUUAAGUUUCUUGCAUUCUCAUCAAGUCAGUUAAGAGAUAAUUCUUUGUGGAUGUUUGCUACCAGACCUGGCCUCGACGCAGAAGAUAUUCGAGCGUGGAUGGGAGAUUUUAGACAGAUCAAGAAUCCAGCAAAGUAUGCUGCUAGAUUGGGCCAAUCAUUUGGCUCAUCGACCGAGACACUUUCGGUUGCUAGACAUGAAAGGGAAAUUAUUCCUGACAUAGAGGUUCAACAUGGGGAAGUAAAGUAUGUGUUUUCUGAUGGAAUUGGAAAGAUAUCAAGCGAUUUUGCCAAAAAAGUAUCUGCAAAAUGUGGUUUGAAAGCAUUCACCCCAUCUGCUUUUCAGAUUCGUUAUGGCGGUUAUAAGGGUGUUGUUGCUGUUGAUCCAUACUCAUCAAAAAAAUUAUCUUUGAGGAAGAGCAUGUGCAAAUUUGAAUCAGACAACACGAAACUUGACGUUUUAGGAUAUAGCAAAUAUCAACCGUGCUUCCUUAAUCGUCAAUUGAUUACUCUUUUGUCUACUCUAGGUGUUAGAGAUGAAGUUUUUGAGAAAAAGCAACGCGAAGCUGUUGAACAAUUGGACGCGAUAUUAACUGAUCCUUUGAAGGCACAAGAAGCUUUAGAGUUGAUGGCUCCGGGAGAGAAUACUAAUGUCCUUAAGGAAAUGCUCAAAUGUGGCUAUAAGCCUAAUGUUGAGCCUUAUCUAUCAAUGAUGUUACAGGCUUUUCGGGCAUCAAAGUUGCUAGAUUUACGCACCAAAUCAAGAAUGUUUAUUCCAAAUGGGAGAGCGAUGAUGGGAUGUCUUGACGAGACUGGGAGCUUGGAAUAUGGACAAGUAUUUGUGCAAGUCUCAGGCGCUAAGCAAAGCAUUUUAUCCGUCACGACCUCCGCAUUCAAUAUAAGUAGUUCGGAACAGCGUGUCGCCAUCGAGGGAAAUGUAGUUGUUGCAAAAAAUCCGUGCCUGCACCCUGGGGACGUUCGUGUAUUAAAGGCUGUGAAUGUGCCUCGGUUGUAUCAUAUGGUUGAUUGUGUAGUUUUUCCACAAAAAGGAUCAAGACCUCAUCCGAAUGAAUGCUCGGGUAGUGAUUUGGAUGGGGAUAUAUACUUUGUCUGUUGGGACACUGAGCUGAUCCCGCCUCGACAAAUUCCACCGAUGGAUUAUACUCCUGCACCACCUACUCAGUUGGAUCGCGACGUCACAAUCGAGGAUGUGCAAGAAUAUUUUGUGAACUACAUGGUUAACGACAGUCUUGGCAUCAUUGCCAAUGCCCACACUGCCUUUGCUGAUAAAGAGCUCUUUAAAGCAAGAAGUUCUCCUUGUAUAAACCUUGCAAAGCUCUUUUCCAUUGCUGUGGACUUCCCAAAAACUGGAGUACCAGCUAUAAUACCUCCCGAGUUAUAUGUCAAAGAGUUUCCCGACUUCAUGGAGAAGCCCGACAAACCCUCCUACGAAUCGAAGAAUGUGAUCGGAAAGCUUUUUCGGGCAGUGAAAGACAUUGCACCAACAACAAGCCAUAUCAGUUUGUUUACUCGAGAGGUAGCAAGGCAGUGUUACGAUUCUGAUAUGGAAAUUGAAGGCUAUGAAGAUUACGUCGAUGAUGCCAUCUAUCAUAAAAACAAUUAUGAUUAUAAGUUGGGGAAUUUGCUCGAUUAUUACGGGAUCAAGUCUGAGGCUGAGAUCCUUAGUGGAAAUAUAAUGACUAUGUCCAAGUCUUUCACCAAAAAAAGAGAUGCAGAAGCCAUCAACUUGGCUAUCAGGUCUCUGAGAAAGGAGGCUAGGACUUGGUUCAAUGAGAGAGAAAGCGGUCCCGAUUCAGAUUCAGUUUCGGGCUUGGAUGAUUUAUUUGCCAAAGCUUCAGCCUGGUACCAUGUCACUUAUCAUCCGAGUUAUUGGGGAAGCUAUAAUGAGGAUAUGAACCGUGAUCAUUAUCUGAGCUUUCCAUGGUGUGUUUAUGACAAGCUGAUGCAGAUUAAGGAGAAUAAUGUGAGGAGAAAACAGAGAGCUUCGAGACUAGCAGCUCUUGACAGCAGAUUCAGGAAUGCAUUGAAUCUUGGACAUUGAAGAACUAUAUUUUUAACAUCUUAUUUCUAGUUUUUGUGAAUAUUCUUGUUCCUGUUCUUUGAAGUUUGAAGUGCUGAACUAAGUUCCGAAAUGUGAUUACUUCUAGUUUUGGCUCCUGUUUGCAGCAAGUGAGAUGUAAAUAUUGCUGAUAUGAGAGCUUGUUAGUUAUUAGGAAAUGAACAUGCUUGUGAAUCUGGGAAAGGAUUGUUGCUAUUUUGUUCUUACACAUUUCUGAUAAGGUGUAGAAUGUGUAUGAGUUUUUUGUGGUCGAUGUAGUUUCAACUUUUGUCGGUUGGUAAAUUAUUUAUCAUUAUCUUUGUCA